UGAGAAAGAGCAUACAGAUCCCAGGAAGUACAUUCACCCAGUCAGUGGGAAUGGCGAGUGUUUCAUCAACUGUAAAUAGCUGGUCUGAAAACCUGAACCCUCCACAACUUGUGAGGGAUUUGGGUUUACAGGAUCAUUAUCCUCACAAACUGUCACUGACGUCCAUGCGGGAGGUAUCCUGGGAUAAACUGGAUGACAGCAAACCAACUCAACCAGAAGAUCUUCCUUGGCGAUUUCUCCAAAUGAUCCUCUCAGCUAAUUCACUGGCGAGGAAUCCUGAAUGGCCGCCUGCUCAGUCUUCAAAAGACAACAAAGCUGACGUAGAAGAUUUCAUCCAUUUCCUUCAAGCACAAAGGCCACGGGAUUCUGGGAUUAACCCUCUGGAUAUCAUUGCUGCCAUUUUCCUCUGUGCCGACCACUCUCUCCAGCAGGAACUGAUGCUGAAGAUGUCUCUGUGCCAACUUGCAUUACCCUUUCUGCUGCCAGAAGGGCACAGUUACCCCAGGGACAAGAUGAGGGGACCCAUGGAAGGACCUGGUGCCACCCUUCUCCUCUGGGCCAUGAGGCCCAUUGUUAAAAUGUGGUGCCCACAAUCUCCCACAGGGAACAGCCCCGUUGUGGAGAUGCCCAUCGUGACAGCAACCGUGCCAACUGUCUCCUUCCUCAGACUCGGAAGGUGCACGGUGUCCAAAUCCAAACUCCUCAAUCUCACCUUGAGCCAGACCCAGCUGCAGCAGAACAUCUUCCUGCACUCCGGGAUGGAAUGUGGGAAUGUGCCCCGUGGGAUAUCGGAUGGGAUGGCUGAGAUCAGCUGGUAUCUACCUUCUGGGAAGAGCAACACGGACAUUUUCCCGGAGGCUGCUGCAUUCAUCAACCUCCGAGGUGACGCUGAAACUUACCAGGGACACACUCGGUUUCUGGCAAAAGUCUCUGCUGCUCUCUUUAUUUUCAUUGAUGUUAUCGGUGAGAAGGAAAGAGAAUUCCUCACCUCUCUCGCACAGUCACCGGCAAAACUCUUUCUGAUAGUGAACACUCACAUCAGUGAACAACACAUCACCCCUGAGCAGGUAAAGAAACUGUUCAAAGAUCUGAAGAUACAACCUCAACAAUGCAUUGUUCGGACAAAUGUAAACAAAGCCGAACUUGUGGAAGGACUUCAUUCUCAGAUAAAACAAGUGAUUCUAAUGAGUGACAGGAAAGAGAGCUUCCCGAGUCUGGAGCAAACGGGUGACGUUGCGAGGGAAAAUGGGAUUCCGGAAGAUGAACUUCAUCCUGAAAUAGAACAAGCCAAGAACAUGAUGUCCAAACCGCAGAGAAAGGGAAUGGCUGGUGAUCCACCAGCUGGAAAUAACUUUGUAAACUUACAACCACAACAAUGUGUUUCUCGGACAAAUGUAAGGGAGGCAACACUUGUAGAAAAAUUAAAUUCUCCAAUACAACAAGUAACAUGGAUGAGGGACAGGGACCAGAGCUUCCCGAGUCUGGACCAAAAGGGUGACAUUGCGAGGGAAAGUGAGAUUCACGUCGAUGAUCAUCAUCCUGAAAUAGAACAAGCCAAGGACCUGACGUCCAAACCACAGAGAGUGGCCGACCCUGGAGACAGCAGGGAGUCAGAGGAUCCAUCUCACCGGCAUUCACCAGGUCUGCCACAGGGAAUGAUUGGUGUUCCACCAGCUGGAAAUAACCAGAAUGAAAAUCGGGGACCACUACAACUUAUGAAGGAUUUGGGUUUACAGGAUCAUUAUCCUCACAAACUGUCAAUGACGUCCAUGCGGGAGGUAUCCUGGGAUAAACUGGACGACAGCAAACCAACUCAACCAGAAGUUCUUCCUUGGCGAUUUCUCCAAAUGAUCCUCUCAGCUAAUUCACUGGCGAGGAAUCCUGAAUGGCCGCCUGCUCAGUCUUCAAAAGACAACAAAGCUGACGUAGAAGAUUUCAUCCAUUUCCUUCAAGCACAAAGGCCACGGGAUUCUGGGAUUAACCCUCUGGAUAUCAUUGCUGCCAUUUUCCUCUGUGCCGACCACUCUCUCCAGCAGGAACUGAUGCUGAAGAUGUCUCUGUGCCAACUUGCAUUACCCUUUCUGCUGCCGGAAGGGCACAGUUACCCCAGGGACAAGGUGAGGGGACCCAUGGAAGGACCUGGUGCCACCCUUCUCCUCUGGGCCAUGAGGCCCAUUGUUAAAAUGUGGUGCCCACAAUCUCCCACAGGGAGCAGCCCCGUUGUGGAGAUGCCCAUCGUGACAGCAACCGUGCCAACUGUCUCCUUCCUCAGACUCGGAAGGUGCACGGUGUCCAAAUCCAAACUCCUCAAUCUCACCUUGAGCCAGACCCAGCUGCAGCAGAACAUCUUCCUGCACUCCGGGAUGAAAUGUGGGAAUGUGCCCCGUAGGAUAUCAGAUGGGAUGGCUGAGAUCAGCUGGUAUCUACCUUCUGGGAAGAGCAACACGGACAUUUUCCCGGAGGCUGCUGCAUUCAUCAACCUCCGAGGUGACGCUGAAACUUACCAGGGACACACUCGGUUUCUGGCAAAAGUCUCUGCUGCUCUCUUUAUUUUCAUUGAUGUUAUCGGUGAGAAGGAAAGAGAAUUCCUCACCUCUCUCGCACAGUCACCGGCAAAACUCUUUCUGAUAGUGAACACUCACAUCAGUGAACAACACAUCACCCCUGAGCAGGUAAAGAAACUGUUCAAAGAUCUGAAGAUACAACCUCAACAAUGCAUUGUUCGGACAAAUGUAAACAAAGCCGAACUUGUGGUAGGACUUCAUUCUCAGAUAAAACAAGUGAUUCUAAUGAGUGACAGGAAAGAGAGCUUCCCGAGUCUGGAGCAAACGGGUGACGUUGCGAGGGAAAAUGGGAUUCCGGAAGAUGAACUUCAUCCUGAAAUAGAACAAGCCAAGAACAUGAUGUCCAAACCGCAGAGAAAGGUCGACCCUGGAGACAGCAGGGAAUCAGAGGAUCCAUCUCACUGGCAUUCACCAGGUCUCCCACAGGGAAUGGCUGGUGAUCCACCAGCUGGAAAUAACUUUGUAAACUUACAACCACAACAAUGUGUUUCUCGGACAAAUGUAAGUGUGGCAACACUUGUAGAAAAAUUAAAUUCUCCAAUACAACAAGUAACAUGGAUGAGGGACAGGGACCAGAGCUUCCCGAGUCUGGACCAAAAGGGUGACAUUGCGAGGGAAAGUGAGAUUCACGUCGAUGAUCAUCAUCCUGAAAUAGAACAAGCCAAGGACUUGAUGUCCAAACCACAGAGAGUGGCCGACCCUGGAGACAGCAGGGAGUCAGAGGAUCCAUCUCACCGGCAUUCACCAAGUCUCUCACAGGGAAUGAUUGGUGUUCCACCAGCUGGAAAUAACCAGGAUGAAAAUCGGGGACCACUACAACUUAUGAAGGAUUUGGGUUUACAGGAUCAUUAUCCUCACAAACUGUCACUGACGUCCAUGCGGGAGGUAUCCUGGGAUAAACUGGACGACAGCAAACCAACUCAACCAGAAGAUCUUCCUUGGCGAUUUCUCCAAAAGAUCCUCUCAGCUAAUUCACUGGCGAGGAAUCCUGAAUGGCCCCCUGAUCAAUCUUCAAAAGACAACGAAGAAGACAUAGAAGAUUUCAGCUAUUUCUUUCAAGCACAAGGGCCAGGAGAUUCUCGGAUUAAUCCUCUGGAUAUCAUUGCUGCCAUUUUCCUCUGUGCCAACUACUCUCUCCAGCAGGAACUGAUGAUGAAGAUGUCUCUAUGCCAACUUGCAUUACCCUUUCUGCUGCCAGAAGGGCACAGUCGUUUCAGGGACAAGGUGAGGGGACCCAUGGAAGGACCUGGUGCCACCCUUCUCCUCUGGGCCAUGAGGCCCAUUGUUAAAAUGUGGUGCCCACAUCCUCCCACAGGGAGCAGCCGCGUUGUGGAGAUGCCCAUCGUGACAGCAAACGUGCCAACUGUCUCCUUCCUCAGACUCGGAAGGUGCACGGUGUCCAAAUCCAGAAUCCUCAAUCUCACCUUGAGCCAGACCCAGCUGCAGCAGAACAUCUUCCUGCACUCCGGGAUGAAAUGUGGGAAUGUGCCCCGUGAGAUAUCGGAUGGGAUGGCUGAGAUCAGCUGGUAUCUACCUUCUGGGAAGAACAUCACAAACAUUUUCCCGGAGGCUGCUACAUUCAUCAACCUCCGAGGUGACGCUGAAACUUACCAGGGACACACUCGGUUUCUGGCAAAAGUCUCUGCUGCUCUCUUUAUUUUCAUUGACGUUAUCGGUGAGAAGGAAAGAGAAUUCCUCACCUCUCUCGCACAGUCACCGGCAAAACUCUUUCUGAUAGUGAACACUCACAUCAGUGAGCAACACAUCAGCCCUGAGCAGGUAAAGAAACUGUUUGUAGAUCUGAAGUUGAAACCCCAACAAUGCAUUGUUCGGACAAAUGUAAACGAGGCCGAACUUGUGGAAAAACUUCGUUCUCAGGUUAAUCAAGUGAUUCUAAUGAGUGACAGGGACCAGAUCUUCCUGAGUUUGGAACAAAUGGGUGACAUUGCGAGAGAAAGUGGGAUUCAGGUCGAUGAACAUCAGCCUGAAAUACAACGGGCCAAGGACCUGACCAAAAUACUGGGCAGUCUUGACCCUGCAGACAUCAUUCGGUAUAAAAAGAGAGUGCUGCCCUUUCAUGGAGAGCCCUGGCAAGGGCUGUCUAAAGUUGAGAAAGAGAAGUCUCGGAUGAAACUCCGUGGGAACAGAACCACAGAGAAGUAUAACCACGAACUGGACCAAGACAAGAAAAGAAUCCGGGAAGCUCAGCUCAGACAGAGCCUGUCGGGGGAGAUGCAGAUGUUCAUUGACCACCUCACCUGUCCUGGUGGGGAUGACAGGGCCAUUUACUUGCAGUGGCUGAAGCUGAUGCUGGACAGUAAAUCAAGGCAAAUUAUGGCAGGAUUGCGCAGGGAUUAUAAAAAGCUGAGCAAACACUCAAAGCAGAAGGUCAAGGAGCUGAAGGACAUGGAUCAGAAGAUGACUGCUAGUUCCCUGGGACUUGAACACUUCAUGAGGGAACUGGGCCAGGUUUAUGAAUUCUCAAUGACACAACACAACAUCAAGCAACAAACACAGAUCCACCCACAUGUGCUUCAGUUACCGGGUGUUGCUGCUGGGCUGUUGCUGGAUGGGUUCCCACUGGAGCUCAUUGAUGGAGACGUCUCCAACGUUCCUGUUUCAUGGAUCACUGCUGUACUGGAAGCAGUGGCCGAGAAGGUGGGACGUGCUUCCCGAGUGUUUGUGCUGACAGUGAUUGGAGUUCAGAGCACAGGCAAGUCCACGCUCCUCAAUACAAUGUUCUGUUUGCGGUUUGCUGUGAGCAGCGGCCGAUGUACUCGAGGGGCCUACAUGCAGCUGAUGAAGGUCACAGGGAGCCUGGCGGAGGAGCUGGGCUGUGACUUCAUCCUGGUCAUUGACACGGAGGGGCUGAGAGCUCCAGAACUUGCAACACUAACAGACAGCUACGAACACGACAAUGAGCUGGCAACAUUCGUGGUGGGAUUAAGCAACAUAACAUUGGUAAACAUAGGCAUGGAAAACAUCGCAGAGAUGAAAGAUAUUUUACAGAUUGUUAUUCAUUCCUUACUCCGCAUGAAACUGAUGGGGAAAAGACCAAAGUGUAUAUUUAUCCACCAGAAUGUUGGAGAUGUGAGUGCACAUGAUCACAAUCUGAGAGGCCGUCAGAAACUACUGGAACAGCUGGAUAAGAUGACAGAGGCUGCAGCAAAACUAGAGAAGGUGGAGGGAGUUACGUUCCGUGAUGUGAUGGACUAUGAUGCUGACAAGGACAACUGGUACAUCCCUGGUCUGUGGCAAGGUACACCCCCAAUGGCUGCCGUCAACACUGGCUACAGUGAACACGUCUUCCAACUGAAGAAGAGUCUCAUUCAAUGUUUACUCAAAGGGAAACUAGAACAAGGAGCUUUCACAAUCCUAGACUUUACCAAAUGGAUGACUGGCCUUUGGGAGCAGGUGAAACAUGAGAAUUUCAUUUUCAGCUUCCAGAACAGUCUGUUCGCAGAGGCUUACAACCAGCUCUCUGUGAAGUACAAGGACUGGGAGUGGGAGCUCCGCAAAUUCACACACUCCUGGGGAAACGAGGCUGAAAACACAGUAAACAAUGCCAGUGGUGACCUCAACCUACUGCUCCAAACACUGGAACGUGAGAUCAGGACGGAGAUUAACAAAAGGGAGGGUGAGACUCUGGAUAAACUAAAAGCUCUGUUUGAAAGUGGGGCUGAUAACGUGCAGCUGAUGGAGAAAUACAGGGAGGAAUUCAAGCUCAGUAUCUCCAGUUUAUGCAGACGGCUUCAGGACGAUUCAAUACACAGAUGUAAGGAUGCCGUGAACAGACGUGUGGGACUGCAGGAAGUGGAUGAUAGUUGGAAUCAAUGUCACAAGAAGAUCGAACAACAGGUCAAGGAGCUUUUAUUAAAGUGUAAAGGGGUAAAUCAGGUGUUGGGUGACGAGGAACUGCAACCUGCCUUUGGAAAGAUGUGGCAAGGCACAGUGUCACAGCUGGACUAUCAGCCCUGUAGAGAAAGAAACAUUGAACUGGAGAUUGAAAAUCUUCUCAGAGAGAACACAGCAACUCAAGGGAGGGUGAUUAAUGAAAUGCUAGAUAGAAAACCUCUCUGUAAACAGGGAACUCAGUGCUUUCAAAUUGAAGGGAAACACAUCAACACGACAUGGACGAGACGUGUUAAACCCACAAUUGGGAUAUCCUCGCACCAAUCAGAUGUUAAUCGGGCAGCAAUGAUAACACAGUCCCUCGAGGAUCAAUGCCAUCAAUGGAUCAGUGACAUCACAAAAAUGUACAUGGAUUAUGACAAUAGAUAUUGUAUUGAUCUUUUGAAUAUUAUACAGGAGAAUAUUAACAAUAUUUCACACCCAAACUUCACAAUGAGUGAGGAAUUCAGGGCUGAGUUUAAACUUCACCUGUGUGGUUUCGCUGUACCAAGAUUCCAAGAGAUGCAGAUGAGGUUCAUCCAGAAACACGACCCGCGGCAAAGACUGGAAAACAUGAAGGGUCAAUACUUUGAUCUCUUCAUUGAUAUUUACACAGAGCAGGAUGAGAACCAGAGACAAGCAGAACGGUUUGCACAAUCUUGUUUCUUGCCAGCUCUCAGAGACGCCACCCUCAAGGCUCUCAGUGUGAAAAUCGUGGAUGAUAUGAAACAAAAUGACCCUGAGAGCAAGUACAGUCUCCGCAACAACUUCACUGUGGCCCUCCUGGUGCACUUGAAACAAAGGGGUACAUUUCAUGACUAUCACCGGUAUAUCACUGACCUUGAGAAUUUGGCCAAAGACUGGCUCCAUCGCCAGGUUAUUGAACACUGCAAGACACAACGUGAUGGAAAGAGCACGUUUACCCGUCUGGCUAAAGGAAUCCUCACACAGAUCACUGGGAAAGCUAAAGAGAUUGUUGAGGAUGCAGUGACGCAGAACUUUGCUGGAAAUGUUCAGAGCUUCCUGGACAUGUUUGUUGAAAAGUUAAAGACCAGGAUCUCAAUGCCCAAAGAUGAAAUGAAACUCGUUAUGUUUCACAGUGACGGUGAUGGCAAGAAAUGGGCAGAAGCAGUUCUGUCAUCUAUUGAAGAGGUGGAGCAGAGACUCCUCAGUGACGUAACAGGCUGGGAUGUCCAAGCAAAGAUUGAAGAAUUAUCCAUUAAACCCAGGGAUGAGCUGUUCAAAGGGUUAUUCAAUUGUACCAAGAAAUGUCCUUUCUGUGGGGUUUUCUGUGUUUCAGAGACCCCGGUACACUCACAGCACUCUUGUAAGCAGCACAGACCUAAUGGACUCAAUAGCUAUCGCUUCAUAGAAAGUGAACAUCUUGUAACUGCCGUCUGCACAGCUUCAGUCGCAGGUAACGGAUCGUUUAAAAAUAACGACACAAAUUGGGAAUACAAACCCUACAAGGAUUACCAAACUGUCAAUGAUUACUACAAAUCCUGGACCAUCCAGCAGGAAAUUUCCGCACAGGCAGCAUCCUAUUGGAAGAAGGUUUUCUACACUUUCAAUGAGCAGUUUGCUGAAAAAUACAAAGCAAAACCUGCAGAGAUCGAUGAAGCCUGGGACAUUGACUGGGAUGUAGUGAGGGGAGAUCUGAAUAAGACGUAUAACACAAACAUUCAGUUUUGGUGAGGUGCCUUUACAUGACAUCACUCAGUUAGACGUAGAAAUAGUCUACUUCCCUAUAAAAGAAAUGGCAGAGAAAAUCACACAACAUUAAAAUUCUACUCUGAUUAUAAAUCAUAAAACAAUUAGCAGAGCAGAGAGUUUCAACCAAUUGCUUAUUAAAAUUGCUUUUACAGAAAUAACCAAAAGGUUUGAGGGCAAAGCUGUAGACUUUGUCUGUAUGGACUUCAGCAAACCUUUGAUAAGAUUCCGCAUAGUGGCUGCUCCAGAAGGUUAGAUCGCAUGGAUCCAGGGAAAGCCAGCUGACUGGACAGAGAAUUGGCUUCAUGGAAGGAAGCAGAGACGGUGGUGGAAGGUUGUAUUAUGGACUGGAGGCCUGUGACUAGUGAUGUGCCCCAGAGAUCCAUGCUGUUUGUGGUUCACAAGAACAUAGAACAGGACAACACUAGAACGGGCCUUUCAGCCCACAAUGUUUAUGCCAAACAUGGAACCUAGCUACACUGAUUUCAUCUGCCUCCAUAAUCCUCCAUUCCCUGCAAAUCCUUGUGCCUAUUUAACAGCUUCUUAAACAUCACUAUCGUAUCUUCCUCCACCAGCACACCUGGCAAUACGUUCCAGCUACUCACCACCCUCUGUGUAAAAAUAACU